AUAGCCGUACAGUAUCAAAAUCAAAAUAAAAAUAAAAAUAAAAAAUAAAUUAUAAAACAGUCCUCUAUGAAUAUUAAUCACAUUCCCAAUUUCAAAUUUCAAAACCAAAACUCUCUCUUCUCUCUCUCUCAGAGAGUCAGAGCUUCAUACAUAGCUUGAAAACUCCACUCCCAAAUUCCACAUGCCACAACAAUGUCUCUUCUCAGCAGAUUCUUCUACAAGCGCCCCCCCGAUGGCUUACUCGAAUUCUCCGACAGAGUCUACGUCUUCGAUUCCUGCUUCUCCACCGAAGCAUUGCCCGAAGGAAUGUACACCCUCUACCUCCGCCAAAUCCUCGCCGACCUCCACGAGGACUUCCCGGAAUCCUCCUUCCUCGCCGUCAAUUUCCGCGACGGCCAGCGCCGCAGCCACUUCGCCGAAGUCCUCUGCGACGCCGGCGACGUCACCGUCGUCGACUACCCCAAGCAGUACGAGGGCUGCCCCCUCCUCCCCCUCUCCCUCGUCCACCACUUCCUCCGCCUCUGCGACACGUGGCUCGCCGACACCGCGCACAACGUGAUUCUCUUCCACUGCGAGCGAGGGGGGUGGCCCCUCCUCGCGUUUCUGCUCGCAGGGUUUCUCGUCUUCCGAAGGGUGCAGGGUGGUGAAAGGAGGACUCUUGAGAUGGUUCAUAAGGAAGCUCCUAAAGGGCUGUUGCAGCUCCUGUCGGCGCUGAACCCCUUGCCGUCGCAGCUGCGGUAUAUUCAGUAUGUGGCGCGGAGGAACAUUGCGGCGGAGUGGCCGCCGCCGGAGAGGGCGCUGUCGCUGGACUGUGUUAUACUGAGAGGGGUUCCCGGGUUUGAUGGGGGGAAUGGGUGCAGGCCCUUCUUUAGGAUUUUUGGCAGGAAUUUGCUUAGUAAAGGGGGGCUUUCAACGCAGAUGAUUUAUAACAUGCAUAAGAAGAAGAAGAGUUUGAGGCAUUAUAGACAGGCAGACUGUGAUGUGAUCAAGAUUGAUAUUCAAUGUUUAGUGCAAGGGGAUGUGGUGUUGGAGUGUGUGCAUUUGGAUUUGGAUCCAGAGAGGGAAGUGAUGAUGUUCCGGGUGAUGUUCAACACGGCAUUUAUUCGGUCCAACAUAUUGAUGCUGAACACUGAGAAUUUGGAUAUUCUUUGGGAUUCAAAGGAACGGUAUCCGAAGGGCUUUCGGGCUGAGGUUUUGUUUGGGGAGGUUGAAAGCAUAAGUCCCCCAAGAGCUCCAACAACUAUUUUAGAUGGUGAGGUGAAAGGUGGAUUGCCCAUUGAGGCAUUUUCAAGGGUUCAAGAACUUUUUAGUGGCGUAGAAUGGGUUGAAAGUGGUGAUGCUGCUGCUGUCUGGCUGCUCAAACAGCUUACGGUCUUAAAUGAUGCCAAAGAGUUUUCUAGGUUUCAAGGUAGAGGAAGUUGGUACUCAUCACCUGCAGACUCUGAAGAAGAAAAUAAUGAAUCGAGCACUGCUGAUAGUUCAGAUGAGGCCUUUGAUGUUAUUCCCAGGUCUUCUGCUGAUCACUCGAGAUUUUUGACAUCUGACACCCCUGAUUUGGUCCAUUUAGCUUUUGAGAACAAUGGUGGAGAUUAUGUAAAUCUAACUUCAGGAACACCUGAUCAGUUAUUGACUGAUAACGUUUCAUCAGCUCAUCAUGCUCCAAGUAAGGAAUAUUCUCCUUGUUCGUCUCCACCAUUGCCUUCGUCAGUUCCCACUACUAAACCUCUUCCAAAACCAGAACUACCACCUCCACUAACUUCUAAUGAAGGCCACCCUUUAGCUCCAUCUCCACAUCCGAUGGUUCAAACUGUGAACAAUGCUUCUACAUUGCUUUCAACUCCUCCACCUCCUCCUCCCCCUCCACCUCCUAUAGGUUGCAAUGCCAAUAUUGCUCCUAGUCCUCCUCCACCACCUCCUCCUCCUCCUCCUCCUGGUCAUGUACAAACAGGUUCAAUCCCACCGCCUCCUCCUGCAGGUCCUGUGCAAAUAGGUUCAGUCCCACCACCUCCCCCUCCUCCUCCAGGUCCUUUUCGAACAGGUUCUGCCCCACCACCACCACCACCUCCACCACCUCCUCCCCCUCCUCCUCCAGGUCCUGUACGAACUGGUUUGGCCCCACCACCUCCUCCUCCUCCUCCUCCAGGUCCUUUCCGAACAGGUUCUGCCCCACCACCUCCACCUCCACCUCCCCCAGGUCCUGUACAAAUGGGUUCAGCCCCACCACCUCCACCUCCUCCUCCAGUCCCUGUAAGAAUGGGUUCAGCUCCACCACCUCCACCUCCUCCUCCAGGUCCUGUACAAAUGGGUUCAGCCCCAACACCUCCACCUCCUCCUCCAGGUCCUGUACGACCAGGUUCAGCCCCACCACCUCCACCUCCUCCUCCCCCAGGUUCUGUACGACCAGGUUCAGCCCCACCCCCUCCACCUCCUCCUCCAGGUCCUGUACGACAAGGUUCAGCCCCACCACCUCCACCUCCUCCUCCAGGUCCUGUACGACAAGGUUCAGCCCCACCACCUCCACCUCCUCCUCCAGGUCCUGUCCGAACUGGUUCAGCCCCACCACCUCCACCUCCUCCUCCAGGUCCUGUCCGAACUGGUUCAGCCCCACCACCUCCACCUCCUCCUCCAGGAUCUGUAGGAACUGGUUCAGCUCCACCUCCUCCUCCUCCUCCUAGUUUACGAACAGGUUCAGCUCCACCACCACCACCUGCGCCAAAGCCUCCAAGUGCUCCUCCUCCUCCACCCGGCCGUGGUGCACCAUCAGUUCCACCUCCACCUCCUGCAGCUAGGGCUUCUGGUGUGGCACCACCACCAGGAAAAGCUUCAACAAAUGUUGGAAGAGGUCGUGGUACUGCUACUGCUCCUAAGAAAACUUUGCUGAAACCCCUACAUUGGGUGAAAGUUGCUCGAGCUGCCAAGGGAAGUCUAUGGGCUGAUUCACAGAAACAGGAUAGUGAAACAAGGGCCCCUGAGAUAGAUAUAUCAGAACUUGAGAGUCUGUUUUCAGCAGCUUCUGCUUCUGAUGGGAACAGUACUAAAGGUGGAGCUCGUCGUGGUCCUAAUAUUAAACCUGAGAAAGUACAAUUGAUUGACUUGCGUAGAGCAUAUAAUUGUGAAAUAAUGCUCUCUAAAAUCAAAAUUCCUUUGCCAGAUAUGCUUAAAGCAGUCCUGGAAUUGGAUUCUUUGGUUUUGGAUAUUGAUCAGGUUGAGAAUCUCAUCAAGUUCUGUCCCACAAAGGAAGAAAUGGAGAUGUUAAAGAAUUAUACGGGAAACAAGGAGAUGCUUGGAAAGUGUGAACAGUUUUUUAUGGAGCUGAUGAAGGUUCCACGUGUGGAAUCCAAAUUAAGGGUUUUUGCUUUUAAAAUCACCUUUUCUUCUCAGGUGAACGAUUUAAAGUCAAAUUUGAACACAAUCAACCAUGCAUCCAGAGAGGUGAAAGAAUCUGGAAAAUUGCGUCAAAUAAUGCAGACUAUUCUUACAUUGGGCAAUGCCUUGAAUCAAGGAACAGCACGGGGAUCAGCAGUAGGAUUCAAAUUGGAUAGCCUUCUUAAAUUAUCGGAUACUCGUGCAAGAAAUAACAAAAUGACUUUAAUGCAUUAUUUGUGUAAGCUUCUCGCUGAGAAAAUGCCAGAAUUGCUAGAUUUUGACAAGGAUCUUGUCCAUUUGGAAGCAGCUUCUAAGAUUCAACUAAAAGCAUUGGCUGAAGAAAUGCAAGCUGUGAGUAAAGGUUUAGAGAAAGUUGAGCAAGAACUCAUUGCUUCUGAAAAUGAUGGUGCUAUAUCUACAGGAUUUCGUAAGGUGUUGAAGAAUUUUCUUGAUAUUGCUGAAGCUGAUGUGAGGUCCCUUAUAUCUUUGUAUUCUGAAGUGGGAAAAAGUGCAGACUCUUUGUCCCAGUACUUUGGAGAGGAUCCAGCUAGAUGCCCCUUCGAACAAGUGACACAAAUCCUUGUUGUCUUUGUCAAGAUGUUCAACAAGUCGAGGGAGGAGAACGAAAGGCAGGCGGAUGCUGAAAAAAAGAAAUUAGAGAAAGAAGCCCUGAAAGAAAGAACAGCAAAUAACUUGCAUCCCAAAAAAGACACUGUUCGUUAGAUGCCUAAACAAGCAAGUUGCAUGGUUACUCUCAGUUCAAAUGCACUGCGUUAUACGUUCUGGAUUAUCUCAAAUGCAAUUCAUGCAUAUUUGCAUGCAUCAUCGGGGUUUAUUCCUCCUAAAGAUGAUGCUGGCCGUUGGACGCCUGUGAUGAUUAAUCAGUUCCUUAUAGUUGGAUCAACGUGCCUCUCCCAUUGUGCUGCAGUGCUGCUAAAGGAGAAAUACAUGAACAGGCUGCUGGUCUUUUGUAAUUAUACCACAAGGCAACUCAUAUAGAAAAAUCACGCUUUCUUCCUCUUUAAAAUGUAGAGGCCAUAAAUAAUUUUUUGAAGUUCAAUUUUUCUUAUGCUUUAGAACAUUGCAGUUCUCCUUUUUUGUAAUCUAGCUGCAGAUAGUUUUUGUAUUCAAAAACACUUUGGAUAUAUGAUAACGAAUUCUCCCCCUGUAAGAUAUAAAACCAUAAUCAUCAAUCAAUAUUCAUUGCUGAAUAAAG